GUUCCUUCGAACCCCGAUGGAACCCAGGCACUGGGUUUCUUUUCCCUUUAGAACCCAGCGCUGGUUGGGUUCCUUCGAACCCCAAUGGAACCCAGGCACUGGUUUUCUCUUCCCUUUAGAACUCAACACUUGCUGGGUUCGAUGGAACCCAGGCAUGCUGGGUUCCUUCGAACCUAGGUAUGCUGGGUUCCUUCGAACCCAGCACGCCUGGGUUUAGAAACUCUCCAUUUUUACCUCCAGUUGCUCAGCCACCGUAUUCCUCCCCACACAAAGAAGUAGAGGAAGAGGAGAGAUCGUCAUUGUCUUUACUCCAUCAUUUGCUUUUGCUUCUUCUUCGAUUCUCUCUCUCUUUCGCUAAAUUCCUCAUCAAUUUCCUAUUCAAGUAAGCUCUCUCGGUCGUUUAGCUUUGAGGCUUUGUCUUUUCGAUUUGAGAUUACGAUGGAUCAAUUUAUGUUUGGUUGAUUUGAUGAUUCUGUUACUCGUUUUGAUGUUUUUGUGCCAUUGAAAGUGAGAUCUGUGUGUACAUUGAAGAUCUUUGUUGUCGAUUUUGCAAUUUUAAUUCAUUCUGGCUUUAGUUGUUUUCAGUGAUUGCUUUAUUUGGUUUCUUGAUUUGGUUUUUUGGUCUUUGGAUCUAUGUUUUAUUAUGCUACUAUUGGCUAGUUGGAUUGUCUGGAUUCUGAUAGUAGUGUUCUUUCAAACCCAGGCGUUGGGUUCGAUAGAAACCAAGCGUGAGGUUCCUUGGACUCUAGGCGUUGGGUUCUUUCGAACCCAACACACCUGGGUUCGAUGAAACUUGUGUUCUUUCGAACCCAGAGGCAAAAAAUAAAAAAAGAAAAAAAAGAAAAAAAAAAAAGAGCGGGAAGAACAUAUGAAGAAUUGAUUGAUGAAGAAGACAAGAUAAGGAAGAGGAAGGAAAAAGAAAGGGCGCUUGCUGAGGAACCCAGCACGCCUGGGUUCCAUUGAAGAGCUUGUUGUUCUAGGGUUCGAAUGGGAAGAACAGAGGAGAAGGGUUCAAUUUUUGCAAGGGUGGGCCCCACUUUUUUUUUGGUUUGAUUAUCGGUGAUAAUGAAACAUGUCAUAUUGCCAUAUCAUCUUUUUUCCAGGUUUACAUCUGACAUGUCACGUUAUUUUAACUGUCAUUGUGUUCCCGUUAAUUAACGGGACACGUCACU